AUGGUUUUGACUCGAGAAAUCAGAGAGGAAAUUGAAUCGGCAGUUGGGCAUGCUGUUAACAAAUGUAUUAAACACGAUUCCUUCAUAAAAACCAUUGUGAGCAAUGUGACUGAAGCCGUCGUUAAAACAAUGGAAAAGAAAUUAUCGCAAUUAGAGGUGGCAGUGGCGGACCUUCAGAAUAAUUAUACUGAGCUAAAAUCAGACUAUGAAAAUAAAAUGGAAACCAUGGAAACUAAAAUAAGACAACUCGAGUCACAGAAAAAUAAGACCGAAGAAAAUAUGGAUAGAAUGGAUCAGGAAAGCAGAAGAACAAACUUGAGAAUUUUCAGUUUCAAGGAGAAUCAACAAGAAAACACAAGAGAGGAAGUUAUCAAACUUCUCAACUCCAAGAUGGCUCUGAAUUUAACAACUAGAGAUAUUGAAUUGUGUUAUAGAGUUGGUAAACGAAUUGAUAAUAAAAAUAGAGGAAUCUUCCUCAAACUGAAAAGUUACGAAACUAAAGAAGGAAUAUACUCAAAAAAAAAGUUACUCAAGGGCACAGGAGUUGCUAUCAGAGAAGAUCUCACCAGUGUGAGAGUUGAAGUAUUGAAUACAUGCAUCGAGAAGUUUGGUUUGAAAAAUGUCUGGACCGGAAAUGGAAAAAUUUAUCUUAAUACAGAUAAUAGAGUAACCAUCAUCAAAACCAAGAAGGACUGUAUUGACUUGCUGAAGGGGAGGAGAAUAACCGGAAACAAAUUAUAG